CCCGCCAGCCCGCAACCGCCGCCCGCCCGCGCCGAGCCGAGCCGCCCGCCCGUCCGCGCAGGCCCCGCGCCCCGCGCCGCCAUGAGCUGCUCGCCCGUGAACGUGAAGAAGCUGAAGGUGUCGGAGCUGAAGGAGGAGCUGAAGAAGCGGCGCCUGUCUGACAAGGGCCUCAAGGCCGAGCUCAUGGAGCGCCUGCAGGCCGCGCUCGACCAGGAGGAGGCGGGCGGCGGCCCUGCCGAGCCGGGCAACGGCAGCAUGGAGGAGGAGGAGGAGGAGGAGAUGCAGGCGGAGGCGGGCGGGGAGGGCGCCGCGCCGCCGCGCCCCGCCGACCAGGCCGCGGCCUGCGCUGCCGCCGCCGCUGACGACGACGAGGAGGGGCUGGAGGCGGCCGACGGCGACGCCAUGGAGCUGGGCGAGGAGAACGGGGAGCGCGCGGGGGCCGGCGGCGGCGCGCUGGCCGAGGAGGAGGAGGAGGAGGAGGAGGAGGACGACGAGGACGAGAACGGCGACGACCAGGGCUUCCAGGAGGGCGAGGACGAGCUGGCCGACGACGACGAGGCCGCGGCCGGCGACGCCAACGGCCAUGGCGAGCGGGAGGCGCAGGCGGCGCCGACACCACCGGCUGCGGCCCAGGCCCCGCAGCAGCAGCAGCAGCCGCCGCGCGCCGCCGCCGCCGCCCCCGCCGCCAAGGAGGUGCCCGGCAAAAGCGGCGGCAGCCCCUCGGCAGCGCCCGGUCCCGCCAAGCAGCAGCAGCCGCCGCCGCAGCAGCAGCAGAAAAAAGCGGAAGGCGGAGGCGGCCGCCCCGGGGCGCCGGGCGCUGGCGGAGAUGCUAAACCAGAACAAAAAGUUGGCGAAAAGAAGAGGGGUGUGAAGAGACCACGUGAAGACCAUGGUCGUGGAUAUUUUGAGUACAUUGAAGAAAACAAGUACAGCAGGGCCAAAUCUCCUCAACCUCCUGUUGAAGAGGAAGAUGAGCAGUUUGAUGAUACAAUGGUUUGUCUUGAUACUUAUAACUGUGACCUGCAUUUUAAAAUCUCAAGAGACCGUUUUAGCGCUUCUUCUCUGACGAUGGAAAGUUUUGCCUUUCUCUGGGCUGGAGGAAGAGCUUCCUAUGGAGUUUCCAAAGGCAAAGUCUGCUUUGAGAUGAAGAUUACAGAGAAGAUUCCUGUUAAACAUUUGUAUACAAAAGACAUUGAUAUACAUGAAGUGCGGGUUGGCUGGUCACUCAAUACAAGUGGAAUGUUGCUUGGUGAAGAAGAAUUUUCUUAUGGAUAUUCCCUAAAAGGAAUAAAGACAUGCAAUUGUGAAACUGAAGACUUUGGUGAGAAGUUUGAUGAAAAUGAUGUGAUUGCAUGUUUUGCUAACUUUGAUGGUGAUGAAGUGGAACUCUCAUAUUCCAAGAACGGACAGUAUCUUGGUGUUGCAUUCAAAAUCAGUAAGGAAGUUCUUGCUGGAAGGCCACUCUUUCCACAUGUUCUCUGCCACAACUGUGCAGUUGAAUUCAACUUUGGUCAGAAAGAUGAACCCUACUUUCCUGUUCUUGAAGAGUACGCCUUCAUUCAGAAGGUUCCACUAGAAGAUCGGGUUCGUGGACCAAAGGGACCUGAUCAAAAGAAAGAUUGUGAAGUAGUAAUGAUGAUUGGCUUGCCUGGAGCUGGAAAAACAACAUGGGUCACCAAACAUGCAGCAGAGAACCCUGGAAAAUACAACAUCCUUGGAACAAAUACUAUUAUGGACAAAAUGAUGGUUGCAGGUUUUAAGCGGCAGAUGGCUGACACUGGAAAACUAAACACGCUGUUGCAGAGGGCUCCACAGUGUCUUGGCAAGUUCAUUGAGAUUGCUGCUCGUAAGAAGCGGAACUUCAUUUUGGAUCAGACAAAUGUGUCUGCAGCUGCGCAGAGGAGAAAAAUGUGCCUGUUUGCAGGCUUCCAGCGCAAAGCAGUUGUUGUUUGCCCUAAAGAUGAAGACUACAAGCAAAGAACACAAAAGAAGGCAGAGGUGGAGGGAAAAGAUCUUCCAGAGCAUGCAGUUCUCAAAAUGAAAGGGAACUUCACACUGCCAGAGGUAGCAGAAUGUUUUGAUGAAAUAAUCUAUGUAGAGUUACAAAAAGAGGAAGCCCAAAAGCUCUUGGAACAAUAUAAAGAAGAAAGUAAAAAGGCUCUUCCCCCAGAAAAGAAACAGAACACUGGUUCAAAGAAGAACAAAAAGAGUAACAAAAAUCAGUUCAGAGGACAGAGGGGACGCGGAGGAUUCAACAUGCGUGGCAACUUCAGAGGAGGUGUACCUGGGAAUCGUGGUGGAUACAACAGAAGGGGUGGCAAUAUGCCUCAGCGUGGAGGUGGUGGUGGAGGUGGUGGUGGUGGUAGCAGUGGUGCCAUUGGCUAUCCAUACCCUCGUGGUCCUGUUUUUCCAAGCAGAGGUGGCUAUUCAAACAGAGGAAAUUAUAACAGAGGUGGAAUGCCCAACAGGGGGAACUACAACCAGAAUUUCAGAGGAAGGGGAAAUAAUCGUGGCUACAAAAACCAAUCUCAGGGCUACAACCAGUGGCAGCAGGGUCAAUUCUGGGGUCAGAAGCCAUGGAGUCAGCAUUAUCACCAAGGAUAUUAUUGAAUACCCAAAUAAACGAACUGAUACAUAUUUCUCCAAAACCUUCACAAGAAGUCGACUGUUUUCUUUAGUAGGCUAACUUUUUAAACAUUCCACAAGAGGAAGUGCCUGCGGGUUCCUUUUUUAGAAGCUUUGUGGGUUGAUUUUUUUUUCCUUUUUUUUUUUUUUUUUUGUACAUUUUUAAUUGCAGUUUUAAAGUGAUUCGUAAGAGAACCUCAGCAUUGUGCACGAUAAGAGAAUGUGUCAGUAUUUCAGGGUUCUACAUUUUAUCUGUAAAAUGUGACUUUUUUUUUUUUUUUACCACAACAAAAGUAAAACGUUGCUUUGUAUCUGGUGUCUUCUUAUUAAAAAUUUUUUUUUUCUUUUUCCCCCUUCGCCAAUUUCUGAGAAACAGUCGUGAGUCACUGUCCAAUACAAUAGAAAUGUUAGCAACCAAAUUCAUGUAGAGGCUUAUAGUGGCCCUCAUGAAUAUCAUGAGACUGUAAAAGCUCAUAUUACACUCCAUCCUCUCUAUGCCGUUUCUAAGGGGGGAGGGGGGCAGAUUUGGGAAGCAAAAGUUUUCUGGCAAUAACUAGAAAGGCUUUUUGUAACUUUGGAGUGCUGUAAAACUGGGGACAAAGAGGAAAUCCAGUGGUAAAUAGUGAAGGUGGAGUGCAUGUAGAAGAGCUCUUAAAGUGUAAAACUUGGUUGCAUUAUUUGUGGAGGCUCAAACUUGUGAAGGUACAACAUCAUAAAUUCUUUUCCAUUUGUUCUGCAUUUUGAUUCUGAAAAGAAGCUGGCUUUGUCCAUUUCUUAUUAAACAAAACUUGUUGUAAAUCAGUUGUCUAAUGGGAUCUAUAUAAAGUUAGCUGUGUGUCUGUAACCCUUUCCCCAGAAAAUACUGUAUACCUAGUGUGCUUGUAGUAGUUACUCCACCAUUUUGUAAGCUAAUGAAACUGUGAGUCACCCAUUUUAUAUCUAAUUUUUAAUCAUGUCUAUUCUCAAAUGGGUGUAUCUCCUUAGCCUGCUGAUUUCCUUUUCUCUUUAAAAAAGUGGGUGGAGAAAUUAAACUUUAGACGUUUGUUUGCAAUAAAAUAAAUUCAUUUUA